AUGUCUGCUGAGGAUCGACGGAUACGGAAACUCACACCCAAAGGCCUCGUCAUGUUCAACGAACAGUGUGAAAAGCUGAAAAAGGAGGCGGUCAACUUGUUAAAUGAAUUAGAAGUUUUAAUGAACAAAUGUUUUUCAAUUGUAAAAAGAACAAGUGAUGAGUUGAAGGAAACCAAAUUUGAACUCCUUGAAACACUAAGUCAUGUGUCGUCUAAUGUAUCAAGUUUUCAAAGAGCUAAAGCGCAAGCUGAAAGGGCGAAACUAGAGCUCAUCAAGAGAGAAGGUGAGCUUUUAAAACAAAAAACUGAUAUCAAAGCAAAAAUUAGUAUCGUCGGACAGGAGAAAGAAAUCAUCUCAGCAGAAGCGGACUUCACAGAAGAAGAAAAGAUUGAUCUUCCGAUCUACUCAAGGGAACAGAUGACGAGUGCGUUUAUCCUCAAACACGACCAUAACCUAUCAAAUACCGAGGAUGGCCACAUUCAACAAAAUCAACCAUAUUUUGAACAGAAUCCACCAAUCAGUGUUCAACAUCCAGAGGCGGAUAACCGACAUCCGGGAUAUCUAAAUGCAGUUAAUCAAGCGAUGCACAUUGAUCGUCGUUCUUCAAACCCCGAAUCCCCUACACCAGUCUCAACAGCGAAAACUGCCCUAAGCAAUGGCGGGGAGUAUGAAGAAGGAAAACAUGGGAGUCGUUCUUGCGGGAAGAUCGUUUUAGUGGACGUGUUUUGUCAAUCAAAUCCUGCGAUAGUUAUCCGUGUUUAUGCGACAAUCAAUGACCAGAGCAACCGGACGCUGGUGUCCCCUUAUUUGAUAGAUCGACUCGGAGUUACAGGAGAAUGUAAACCCUACACUCUUACGUCAUGCUCUGGUGUUACGACAGUCGCUGGACGCCGUGUGAACGGAUUUUGUGUCAAAGCCUUGGAUGGUACAACUACAUUCAACUUACCGGAAGUCAUUGAAUGUGAUUCUUUUCCUAGUGAGCAUCUUGAAAUACCUACUCCCAAAGUCGCUCAAUCACAACCGCAUCUACAAUGCAUUGCACCUUUCAUACCACCCCUAGAUCGCAAUGUGAAUGUUGAACUGCUCAUAGGACGUGACUUACCCGAUGUACAUCAUGUGGGCGACCAAAUUACUGGCAGCCAAGGUCAACCCUUUGCUCAACGUCUUCCACUAUGGGUCGUCAUUGGUGAAAUUUGUAUUGGUAAAGUUCAUCCUCCAAAGGAAGUGAAUAUUGGACCUUCUGUUGAGGACCGCACGUUUGUAGCUCUUAUGGACGCAGAGUUCCACAAAGACACUGAUGGUUUUUGGUCCGCACCAUUACCUUUCAAGGAGUCAAAACUAGUGAUACCUAACAAUUAUUCACAGGCCUGGAAACGUGCUUUGAUCCUCAACACAAGUUUAAAGAAAGAUCAUCACAAACGACAAAACUUCUUAGCAUUCAUGUCAAAAGUCUUAGCUAGUGGGGCAGCAGAAGUUGCUCCUUCCGACAUACCUGGGGAAUGCUGGUAUUUACCCAUUUUUGGGGUGUAUAAUUCGAAAAAACCGGAUCAAAUCCGAGGAGUAUUCGACUCGUCGGCUGUGUUUCAUGACGUUUCAUUGAACAGUGUGUUAAUGUCUGGACCAGACUUAACAAACAACCUUGUUGGAAUCCUCAUGCGUUUCCGUGAAAAUGCAAUUGCUAUCAGUGGUGACAUUCAGCAAAUGUUUUAUGCAUUUCCUGUUCAUGAGGAUCAUCGUGAUUACCUCAGAUUCUUUUGGUACGAGGAUAACAACUUUGUAAAACCUUUAAUACAAUACCGAAUGAAAGCUCACGUUUUCGGUAACACACCAUCUCCAGCUGUUGCCACCUAUGGACUUCGAAAAUCAGUAUCUGUUGGUGACGAUGAUGUUCGUAAAUUUGUUUACAACAACUUUUACGUCGAUGAUGGACUGACGUCGCUUGCUACAGAAUCAGAAGCAAUCAACCUGAUGAGAAAAACACAAGCAACACUGAAAAACAACGGAAACAUUCGUCUCCACAAAAUCGCUUCAAACAGUGUGAAUGUGAUGAAAUCAUUUCCUAUAGAUGACCUAGGAAGCGAUUUGAAGGAACUAAAUCAUUGUGCAGACAUAUGCAACUUACCUGUACAACACAGUUUAGGAAUGCAGUGGGACUUAAACUGUGAUAUGUUUGUGUUCAAAAUCUCUAAUGCUGAAAAACCUUACACCCGCAGAGGCCUUCUAUCGACAAUGAACAGUAUCUUUAAUCCAAUGGGAUUUAUGUCUCCAGUCACUAUCAGUGGAAAAAUUCUACACCGUGAACUUGUAUCUCCUGGAUGUCACUGGGAUGAACCACUUACGGAGGAACAUUUGAGAAGAUGGCGAAUCUGGAUUGAUUCAUUACAAUUUGUUAAUAACUUCAGAGUUCCCCGAAUGAUUGUAGCCACUUCCAUUUCUUUGGCUCAUCAAGUGGAUGUUCAUGUCUUUUCAGACGCGUCAGAACAUGCGAUAGCUGCGGUGGCAUAUCUUCAAGUGACAGAUGAAUUUGGAGAAACUUCUCUUGGAUUUCUAAUGGGAAAAUCUAAACUGGCACCUCUGAAAGGUCACACAAUACCGAGACUCGAACUGUGCGCAGCAGUUCUCGCCACAGAGUUAGGAGAAGCAUCUCAUCUCCGUCUCAGUGGUCUUACGUCUCAACUGACAAAAAUCCAGCUGAUGUUGCAACAAGAUAUUCACAUACAGCAAUUACUACGUCUCUACAGCGCUGGAUCUCAAUGGUUGAAAACUGGACCUCAAUGGUUGAAAAAUUCUUCGGAUAUGAUCAAAACUGUCUAUCGUCUCAUCAAUCUUGAAACUGACAAAGAAAUCCGCCAAAAUGUUAUUUCUAGCAAAACUCAAAUUACAACUGAGAUCGUCUUUGACUCCCGUCGUUUUGCUAGAUUCUCGACCUGGAAAAAUCUCGUUGUGGCUUUUAAGACUUUGAAACGUUUUGUCAGAGAUACAUUUCAAGUGACCAGUAAAAGUGAAGACGAACCAGAUAUCUACAGAGAAACUGAAAUGUUCAUCAUUAAACAAAUUCAACAGGAGUCGUACACUAAGGAAAUAGAAAACCUGAAUAGUGGCCAACCAAUUCCCAGAAACAGCAAAGUGUCACGACUUGACCCAUUCCUUGAUUCAUUCGGAGUUCUGCGUGUUGGAGGGAGACUUAAACUAAGUCCUGAAUUAUCUCUGGGAGAGAAGAAUCCAAUCCUCAUUCCAAAUCAAAACUACAUUGCAAAACUCCUCGUACUCCACUUCCAUGAAGUUAUUCGUCAUCAAGGACGCCAUCUAACCACCGGGGCCAUCAGAGCAGCAGGAUAUUGGAUAACGGGCUGUAAAAGACUUGUAUAUUCCAUUCUAUCCAAUUGUGUAAAGUGUCGUCGACUUCGUGGUAGCCUUGCUUCACAAAGGAUGGCAGACCUACCUGAGGAACGACUUACCCCUUGUCCUCCAUUUACCUACGUUGGUGUCGACUGUUUUGGACCUUGGGAUGUUGUCACGCGUCGAACACGUGGUGGUUCUGCGAACUCUAAACGAUGGGCCGUAUUGUUUGAGUGUUUAUCAUGUCGUGGUGUCCACAUAGAAGUAAUUGAGGAGAUGACUACUUCGUCAUUCAUCAACGCCUUACGUCGCUUUACAUCUAUUAGAGGAAAAAUGAAAGAGUUUUAUUCAGACAGAGGGACAAAUUUCAUUGGUGGAACUCGUGAACUUGGAAUAAACGCUGUUUUUGUAGAAGACCCCUCGAUAAAAUCCUUCUUACAGUUGCAAGGAGCAGUUUGGAAAUUUAACACUCCGUUCUCUUCUCACAUGGGAGGCGCUUGGGAGCGCUUAAUUGGUGUAAUCAGACGAAUCAUUGAUUCAAUCUUACUGGAUUCUAAGCACACAAGAAUUACCCAUGAAGUCCUUAGCACGUUUAUGGCUGAAGCGACAGCGAUAGUCAACGCCCGUCCACUGGUACCUGUAUCCACCGACCCUGAAGCACCUUGCGUUUUGUCUCCAGCUGUUUUACUUACUCAAAAAACCGUUGAUUCAAACGAGGAUUUUAAAAAUCUCAGUGUCAGCGAAGUUUAUAACAUUCAAUGGAAAUUUGUUCAGUCUCUAGCGGAGACAUUUUGGUGUCGUUGGAAAAAUGAAUACCUGCAGAGUCUACAAGUGCGACGAAAAUGGAAAUACACUCGAGAUAACAUCCAAGUUGGUGAUGUCGUUCUUUUGAAGGACAGUGAUGCACAUCGUAACCAAUGGCCGACAGGACUUGUUGAAAGAGUGUUUCCUAGCAAAGAUGGACUUGUGCGCAAACUUGAAGUUCGUGUUAUCAAAGAUGGACAGUCGCGUAUAUAUGUGCGUCCAAUUUCUGAAAUUAUAUUUUUGUGUCAUUCCAUUUAA